UCCGCAUCACUUGGUAAUCGUGACAUAGACCAACAUCAAAGCAGAUCGAUCACCUAAGGACGCGACAGCGAAUCUAACAUGACACAGCACGCCCCUGAUGCCUCCAUGGCCUCCUGGACUAACACCAUCUACAACCUCAACCGCGGCUGCGUUGACGACGAGCUCGAGCGCCUCGCCUAUAACCACUUCAACAUCUGGACCCCUCUCACCAUCGACCUCCUCCCGCCUCAUAUCCUCUCGUCCCUCCAGUCCCAGGACCGCCCCCGGAUCGCCGAUGUCGCAACGGGCAGCGGCGUCUGGCUGACCUCCCUCGUCGAAGACCUCCCGCCGCACUCGGAGCUGUUCGGCUUCGACCUCGACAAGUUCAAGUUCCCGCCGCGCCCGCCGACGCCGCCGAUCCCGCCGCCGCCCUCAUCCCCGCCCCUGCGGCCGGAGCAGCCGCGGCUGGACUUCCUGGAGCAAAACGUGCUAGAGCCGUUCCCCCCAGAGCUACAGGGCACCUUCGAUCUCGUCCACGUGAGGCUACUCGCGCUAGGGUUGAAGGCUGGGGAUUGGGACGCGGUCCUGGCGAACCUGUACGACCUCUUGAAGCCGGGCGGCUGGCUUCUGUGGGAGGACACGGGAGAUGUGUUCAUCAGGGCGUUCCCGCCGAGCAGGGCGUACGAGGAGUUCUGGUGGGCUUGCGUGAAGCACGACGCGAGGGUCGGACGGGACAGUCUGAUGCCCGCGGCUCUCUUGAAGAAGCUCCGGGGCCUCGGCUUCCGGAACUGCGAGCAAAGAGUAUGGAGCUCGUGGGCGGCGGACGAGUCGAUCCAGCAAAAGGCGUCGACGGCGCUCGUCCGGCUGGUCAAGCCGGCGUUAGCAGCGGUGGUCGAGGACGGCGGUGAGGAGACGGUUCAGACGAUGGAAGACGUCAGUCGCAUCGAGAGGGAGAUGGAACAGGAUAUCGACCAGAACGGCGUCCGGAUCGGGUUCGAUUACUUUUGGAACUGGGGACAACGGCCGUCAUGAAGUCCCCCCCUUUUUUUUCUUCUUCUUUUCUUUUGCUCAGUCGUGCGAUUUAACGAUGCAGAAUCCGUCACAAGACGUAGGAUAGCUAAUUUGUAUACAAUUUCUUUCACAGUGGUGCUGUUUCUAUCCAAGCUCAUGGACAAGGCCUCAUCAUGAGCUUCCAGGUGGUGGAAUACGUCU